AGGAGGUGGAUCGUUAUUUCAUUUAGCUUUUUCUUCGUUCACUAUUAAAUUUUCAUUUGUGAAACAGUUUUAAGCAAAUGGUAAUCAGGAAUACUGCCAUUAAUCCCACAUUUUGUUUUGUGACACACAUGCAGAGAGGACAUUAAUCCGCUGCGCAAAGAAAUUUGCAAUGGAGUCUAGGGUUAUUUGGCUGAUGUCAAUUGUUCUUGGAGGCGCCAUCGCUGCACCGAACUUCAUUGCAGAAUCUGGCCACUUAGCAGAUGAGAGAAGUGCAAACGCGACUAAGAAAGGUAUCGUUUCCUUUGGCUUGAUGGUUUGGCGCGUUACUAAUAGAAAUCCCAUUGAUUUCAACGGUUAUGGCUGCUGGUGUGGAAUUGGCGGGAAAGGCAAACCCGUGGAUGAUCUGGACAGGUGCUGCCUAGUUCAUGACAUAUGCUAUCACCAGCUCAUGCAGUCAAACGUUUGCCCUUCCGAGAAAGCAGUGUAUUUUAUGCCCUACUCAACCAAACGCAAUCACCCUGCCAAAUGUGAACCUCCAUCUCACUACUGGUUUUCGGGAGAAUGCCGCUUUCGUUUAUGCGAAUGCGAUGCAGCUGCCGCCGAAUGCUUCAAGAAGAAUCGCUAUGACGAGAAGUAUAGAGAACACCCACAGAGCAAGUGCACGAAUGACAAACCACCAGAGCUUGUUGAAUGACCUACAUAACGUUUUUUUUUUUUUUUUUCCCUGUAAGUUUGUAUUUGAUUGUUCUUUUUGAGUGCACAAAGAAAUAAAUGAAAGAUCGAA